CAAGAAAUGUCAGACGCGGAAGAAGGAGGUGUCGGCAUCCCCUUGAUGGAACCUUUGUCGCCAUCGACGUCACCCGAGCCCCAGACUCGUCCCUCUGGAUCCAAGCGCAAGCGUGAAGACGGAGACGAAGACGAAGCACCAGCUACACAAACCAAGGCCGCAAAGCGCAAGAAGGCCAAGAAUGCAAAGAAGGCAAAGCAGCCCAAGGAUAUUGAGGAAGACGCCCUGGAUCUCGAGGCUGGAGUCAACCAUGCUAUUGCCCACAUGGACAGCCAGUUGCUUGCCGACCACGUUGCCCAGCGCACCAAGCGUUUCCACAACGAGUUGAGCGACAUGGAGUUGGAGGACAUGCACAUACCAUCACACGCCAUCGUAGAUACCACAUCCUGGGACCAACCACGCAACCUGGAGAACCUACCCGCCUUCAUCGAGCAAUUUAAAGACGAGAGACGAAGCGACAAGCCAGGAAAGACCCUCUCAGACUCGGUCAAGCAAAAGUCAACACCACACACAAUCGUCAUUGCUGGCUCUGGAAUCCGAGCUGCCGAAUUGACAAGAUCGCUGCGCAAGUUCCAGACCAAGGACUCUUUCAUCGCGAAGCUGUUUGCCAAGCACAUUAAACUGCAAGAUGCUAUCAAGAUGGUAAAGGAGUCAAAACUUGGUAUGGGUGUGGGUACACCUCAGAGACUGAUUGAUCUGUUCGACGAUGGUAAGUUUGAGCAUGUUGCAAAGUCUGCGGUGGAUGCUAACGAUCUCAANGGCGCUCUAUCGGCCGGCAGACUUGAGAGAAUCAUCAUUGAUGCUUCACAUAUUGAUUCGAAGAAGCGCGGAAUUCUUGACAUGAAAGAUACGGAAAGCCCCUUGAUCAAGCUGUUGACAAGACCCAGCUUCAAGGAGAAGUACAAUGAGGACAAGAUGAAGAAGAUUGAGCUCAUCUUCUACUGA